UCACAAUACUAUAGGGCCACCAAUACCGGUUCCCUUCCAACCCGAUAUGGACGUAUGAUCGUCCCCAAAAAACAUUGUAUAAAAGGAAACACUUGUCAUGAGAGGAGCAUCAUUCAGUAAAACGAAACGCACCUAGAAGCAACAGUUCUAAGGAACGCAUAAGCCCUCCCAGCUAAACAAAAAUGAUUAAGCUUGUGUGCCUGUUUGCCCUCGUCGCUGUUGUGGCUUCGAUGCCCAAUGGACCCUUUGCACCACUACCACCAAUGCAGGCGCCGAUGAGACAGAUCGUGAAGCGUGAAGCCGUCGCACCGGAAGCAGUGGCGGAAGAUGCACCCGUGCAGGAAAGUGCAGUGGAGGCUCAGGACGACAUGGACAAGGCGGAAACGUUUGGCUUCGGAUACCACAAGGUCAUCCACGUGGGUGUGCCAUACUACCCGCCCUACUACCAUUAUCCGCGCUACUACCACGGCUAUCACGGUUACCAUGGAUACGGACACUACUGGUAAAGGUAGUGUACGAUUGAUCAGCGAAAUCGAAGAUCGAGUUGUACAUAAAACAAGAAAUACAAUUAUAUUCUUAAUAUGAA